ACAGAUUUGUUGGACAGAUGCUGUCUGUAGCCCUUAUACAUGGAGGCAUCAAGCCAUCCUUUUUUUCAGAGCGCCUGUAUUGCUCUGUCUCCAGUCUUCCAACUCCUCAAAUCAGUGUUGAGGAGGUGGAAGACUGGGAACUUUGGGAGAAGCUGCAAAAGAUACAAGAUGCAGAAACACUGCAGGAUGCUCGCGAUGCAGUUAUGGAGGCUUCUAGUUUACUGGGGUUGCUUGGAUGUCCUGGGUUUUUAAACACAAUGGAACAAAGACAUGCCCUUGUACAGGAAGCUGCAAGGGCCUAUGUUGAAGGGCGAACACAAAAGGCCUUGGAGCAGUUGGUGGAUGGAUUAAAAACCCUGGGGGUUGCAGAAGCCAUUGUGAAGCACCCAGGAACAUUAAAACCUCUCUUCGUUGGUGGCCCAAAACGUCUAGAAAUGCAGGACCUCCUGGACCUCUUCAGUAUCUGCUUUUCAGAUCCUGGGAGUAACAGGAGGAGAUUAGAAAACCGAGCAAUGAUGUUUUGGAAGGACUGGCUGAUUGAGGUGGAUGAGGGAACUAGGCCUGUGACCCUGGAGCAAAUCCUUAUAUUUGCUUCAGGGACUGACAGCAUACCCCCACUUGGGUUUUCCCACCGUCCUAAUAUUGAAUUUCUCCAUUGUAAUGAUGGGAAUCAGAAACUAUUCCCAGAAGCCAAUACGUGUCAGGUGAUACUGCGCCUGCCCCUGCAUCCCUCAUACUCAAUCUUUGUAGAGUAUGUGGAGUCAGGGAUUCUACAGUCACCAACAUUUGGAUUUAUUUGAAUCCUUAUGAAGAGUCCAUCGUAUCUGCUCCUCCUGGGAUAUUUGUGUUGAAUUACAGAUGAAUCCUUCACUGUGAAGUAAAUCAAUGUUCUUUCUAUUAACAUUGAAAUGUUUUGCACUUCAGGUUGUUGACGUAUGUAGUGGUGGUAUUCUACUACAUGUUAAAUAAAUAUUUUCUUUGUU